AUGUUUCCUCUUCAUUCUUCCGAGCAUUACAUGAAUCUUUCUCACAAAACCUUGUUUAUGACUGUUUAUUUCGUCUUGAUCCUCUUGGUUUUUAGUUCCUGCAACGACGCAGCGAGGAUCGGACCAAUUAAGGUGUCUGAGAUGGAGAUAGUUCAGACGAGAUCAAGAUCAUCGAGACAAGAGAUCGUGGGAUUUAGAUUCAAAGGUCGUGUGUUCCAUAUUUUGUCUAAACGGGUACUUGUGCCGCCUUCGGGACCUUCCUUGAGGCACAAUUCUAUGGUGAAUAAUGUCAAAAACUAG